GAUGUUGAGUUGAAGGCAAUGGUGAAGAAGAUCUUAGAUGGUGCCAAUUUAGAAGAAAUCACAAUGAAAAGUGUCUGUCGACAAGUGUACGAUAAUUACCCAGACUUUGACUUAACUCACAAAAAAGACUUCAUAAAGGAAACAGUAAAAUCAAUUAUAUCGUGAUCAGUUGGCACAACCAUCUUUACCAUAGUACAAAGUGUUCAUAUACAUGAUAUAUAAUAAUGUCAGAGAUAGCUAUUUUCCAAAUCUAGCAAAAUUGCUACUUUGCAAAUCUUUUAAAAGAUAUAGUUAAUUAAUGAUAAUAGUAAUCAAUGUGGAUGAAGUUUUGAGGCAUAUUUUAUGCAAAAAAAAGAAAGAAAAUGAACCAUAGUUAAGGUUACUAAGUAAAUUUUAUAAGCACUUUUCUUUAUAAACUAUACAAAAGUACACUAUGUAUGUUUUGAUAUGUUUGAAGGUUGCCUCUUCUAUUAUGCAGGUUGCAGCUAAAUGUAACAAAAAUCUUGAAAAUGUCCACAAAGCAUUAAGAAUGACACAGAAUCCCUGCAAAAUUGGGUUCUGUAGUAAUCCAUUUCAUGUCUUGAGCCCAUCUUGACAGUCGUUUGUAGUGUAUUUGUAGGAGCGACGAAUUUCAAGAAGGCUUAAUGUUAUAGGCUGUGUGUUACUUGUUUGGUUAGAGAGUGUGAGUACUGUACCUCCUCAUGCUAUGAUACGGAAAUGGUUACCUGUAUUUUUGCAUUUUUAACUUAUUCAAAAAGACUUGAUACAAGUAGAAACUGUUUUUGGUUAUUUGAGGAGAAAUGGAAAUAGGCAGAGAAAAGAAAUAACAAGACAGACAUACCUAGUGUUCCGUUUAGACAACUAUUGGUAUGUGAUCAUUGUAAAUGGAACCAAAAUACAAUUUAGAAAUAUUUCUUGUCAUAAAUUCUGCACUUGAGAGAUUUUUGACCACCUCUUUGUUUUACUUUUUUUCUGUUUUUAUUACUGUUUUAAGCAUUUUUUUCCAAAUUGCAGAAUAGGAAAGUCAACAAAAGCAAAAAACUUCCAUUUUUGUUAAAUGUGCCAUUUUUCUCCCCCACUUAUACCUCCUCACUACAAGUUGAAAAAGAAGACUUACCCAGAUCACCAUAUCCUUUGUAGACUGUAGGAGAGACACUUACAAAAAAGUAUUAUUUUAUUUAUGCAACGUCCGCCACUGUUAAAGAGGAGGAAUCAUCUUAAAAAGAAUAUAUAUGGAACAAAAAAUUCACCAGGACAAUGAUUCAGUUCAAUGUGAUUAAUUGAGAGCAGGAAAGGAAAAAAAAUGAUUUUGUACAUCUUUUUUAAAUGUGCCCGGAAGUCCGUAUAAAUUAUAUUUUUUUGUAUGGUAAUGCAGAAUUGUUCUCUUUUUUAAUGUGUGUGUGAUAAUUAUUGACAUGCUUUUUGCUCUAACAUCCAAGUUAUUGAAGAGAGAGAAAAAAAGAUCAGAAGAUUUUGAGGGAUCUUUUAGGAGUCCUUAUAGAAAUGCCAAUUAUAUAUCUCUUGAGGUUGUAUACUUCCAUUGAUAAAAAGCAAAAUUUAAAUGCACUUAUCAGUUAUUAAUCUUAAUCAUUAUUUGGUAGCUUCAGUUUUUAAGUGAUUAUUCCUUAAAGUUUAAAGACUUCUGUGAGCUACGACAUAUUUACCCAUGACCAUUUUUAUGCAAAGUCACCUUUGCACUAGAUUUAAUGUUGCCCUAAGGAAACUAUAUUUUAGAGCACUUCAGAGUUUUAUUGGCACUCAUGGAAUUAUAUGUAUUUCAUGAUGAAUCUUUAACAUUCAAAUUAAAACCAUUUCUUUGGUUAUGGAAAUAAUUUACCAUCAGAACUUUGUCAAGGUGUUAUGAUAAUAGCAUGAAAGUAACAGUGUUAUUUAUUUGCUCAGAGAACUUGGUAGGUCAUGUGUGACCUUGUAAUUGAGCAAAGAAUUGUUAACAGGGCAUAUAAUCAUUAGUAAUUUUGAUUUAUCAAAAAGCUGUAAAUGGAGUAUAGUUUUUGAUUAUACUGUAUGAUCAAAGAGUAUACUGUCAAAACAUAUACUAAGUUUCAUCCAGUCUAAAAAGAUGGAUAACAAAUGUGAACUUGGAAGAUUUAGGUUCUAAAAAAGCAGCUCAAAAUCUCUGAUCUUUUACAUUUACAAAUUUUACCUACCCCUUUUUUACCAGAUAAGGUCAUGGCAAAAUGUAAGAUUAUUCUAAUAAAGUAGGUUUUAGAUA